AUGUUACCGUGGUACCGCAGCAUGCAUCUGAGCAAGCCUGCUCCCUCACAGAUCCGACCAUUCGAGCAGAGGGAGCCAACAGAGGCUGAGGUUCGGUCAGCUCAGUCCUCUUCGCAGUCGCUCCAGGAUAAUAGCAGCGGUCGACCAUCAAAGCGGAGACGUGGAGAGCAAUAUGGCCCUAUGUCACCAUUGUCAUCGCCCAGUCGCACAUCACAGUCUGAUCGCCUCGCAUUGUCGACCCGCAGAACCUCGGCUGCUCUUGCGCUUUUGAACAGCAGCGGCACUCGUCACGAUGGGCCUCAGCCAAAGGUGUUGCUCUUGGAUUCGGACUUGUGGGCACAAUUCGAUGAGCACCAAAAUGAGAUGAUCAUAACAACGUCUGGACGCUGCCUCUUCCCUAGCCUCCGCUUCAACGUCUUCAACCUCAAUCCCGAUGCGUAUUAUUCAUUCUGCCUCGAAUUUGAGAUGCUCACUCCAAACCGAUUCCGGUUCAGCAAUGGCGCAUGGAAGGCAGUCAGGUCUCCCAAAAACAUCGACGAUUCCUCUACCGCCAUCGCCACCGCCGCAUCAGACCACAAGGGCGAGACGUACACACACCCAGACCAACUCAAGCUCGGCAGCCAUUGGAUGGCCAACCCGAUCUCGUUCGCCAAGGCUAAACUCGCCAACAAGGCCAAGUCUCAACCGACAGUCGCCAAGAAAGCUCUCAAGCUCAAUUCUAUCUCUACCAGCUCCUCCAAACGCAAGGCCGACUCUACUAGCGCAACCAACAGCAACGACGGUCCUGGAAGGUCACACUCUCAGCCCCUCGGAGACAGCCAUAAUGACACCAACGUGUUUCACAUGGAAUCAUUCCACAAGUACCGCCCCAGGGUCGUAUUGACAGAGCUGGCAAAGGACUCCAACGAAAUCCUCAGCACGACCGCCUACACAUUCGACCUGGCAACUUACAUGGCAGUAACAAGAUACGAAAACGAGAACGUGAAUGACUUGAAAAAGUCGUUCAACCCUCACGCCAGAGCCUUCCGUGAAACCGUCGGAAAGAUCCCCGCUAGAGGAUUCCAUCGCCCUCAAGAAUUGCAGAAGCACUCCUCUCUGGUCAACCCCAACUCGAGACUCAGCAAGCGCGCCCGUCCGACUUCGCGACCAAAGGAUACUGGCAGUGACUCUGAAGACGUCACAGAUCUCGAUUAUGACCUCUACGAGGAGGAGGAGGUGGACAUAAAUGCAGAUGUGAGCGAUUUGGAAGCAAUGUGUUCGGUUGAUGUCGCUAUGACAGGAAUACUCAAAAACGACGCCCGUCCCACCUGCCGACUGGGCAAGGACAAUAGUGCACUCGUCACCAUAUCUCUCGGCAAGGACGCUAAGCAAGUCGCCAAGGUUUCGAAACAAACGACACAACAGCACUAUGCCCAGCAUCGUCAAGUCUCACAGCACGGAGGCGAGAUCGACAUCCUCCGACCCCACUCACACUUUACCCCCAAAGGCGUCUUUUCGAUGGGUCAGCAGUUCUUCUCAGCGCAGAACACUUCCGGCAGCAGCUUCGCGCAAUUGGCGCAUUUCCAUGGAGCAAAGCAGCAGCAGCAGUAUCGACAGCGAGAGCCACAGCACCAGUCUCAGUGGACUCCCAGUGGUGGCAGCGGUAGCCAGUACAACAGCUGGAGGGGCGAGCAGCAGAAGAAUGCAUUCUCUCAACCCCUUUUUUUCGAGAAAGCUUCCAACACCAGACAGGAUCGAGGCCAUGCACACCUCAGCGACGCCAACCACACCCCUACAAUGACCAUUCCCCUCUCACCACACAUUUCUUCAGUGCCUAACUGGGACGAUCAGGCCCACUAUGACGACGACUACAACGGGCAAAACGGUUCUGAUGGCGAUCUCUAUAAUGGCAGCAUCACUGGGACUGUUGAAGCAGAACAGCAAGUGCACUUGGAUCGUAUCCUCUUUGAAAACGAAUGCCUCAAGGCCUUUGUCCGAGAACGCUAUGGUACUGAGGCUGAGUCCGAGAUGACAGCCUUUCUGGCCAUAGACCAACAACAGUGA